AUUGGAUAAUUAAAACAAAAACAAAUUAACCCUCGCCACGUCAACAAAAUAAAAUGGACAAUAAAAUUGAGUAUUGAGCGUUGGUAUUGAGUUUCGAGUUAUUUCUUGUUAUUAAUGUCUUUUUUCUUUCCUUGAUAGAAUUCAUAGUGAUUUGAAGUGAUUUCACUUUUUGGUUGAAAAAUUGGAAUACAUAAAAUCAAGUGUAUCAAAUGGAAGUCAAAGAAGAAAUUAACGAGGAAACGUGUAAAAUAGAAAUAGAGUAUAAUGAUUUGGAUGAUGCUAUUUUGGACGGCGAUGGCUUUAAAUGUGAAGUUCAGGAGUCUAGUAGGGAAAGGACUCAUGGUACAUAUGAUUCUUUAGACUUUGAAACAAAACCAUUUGAAGAAAACCAAAAAUCUGAAAAAGGUCAUAUCCAAGAUGAAAGCAAAUUGGAAAUUGAGGAGACAGUCAUUGAAGAUUCAUCUCACGACGAAAGUGACACGAGUCGACACACUGAAGGAAAAACUUUAAAUAAACCUAUGACAGUUGUGACUGGAAAAAGACCUUAUAAAUGUGAAAUUUGUUUUAAGCAGUUUCGCCAAGCAGGUACUUUAAAAAGACAUUUGAGAGUGCACACUGGGGAAAAACCUUUCAAGUGCGAGAUUUGUUUUAAGCAGUUUUCUCAUGAAUUUAAUUUGAAAAACCAUUUAAGAACACACACUGGAGAAAAACCUUACAAGUGUGAGAUUUGCUUUAAACAGUUUAGGGAAGUAGGCGCUUUAAAAGCACAUUUAAGAACGCACACUGGAGAGAAACUUUACAAGUGUGAAAUUUGUUUGAAGCCGUUUAGUACAGCCGGUCAUUUGAAAAAACAUUUGAGAGUGCACACUGGGGAAAAACCUUACAAGUGCGAGAUUUGUUUUAACCAAUUUACUACAGCAAGUUAUUUGAAAAGUCAUUUAAGAACUCAUACUGGAGAAAAACCUUACAAGUGUGAGAUUUGUUUUAAUCGGUUUAACCAAAUAAGUAUUUUGAGAAUACAUUUGAGAACCCAUACUGGAGAAAAACCAUACAAGUGCGAAACUUGUUUGAAGCAAUUCAGAGAACUAGGCACUUUCAGAAAGCAUUUAAAAACACACACUGGAGAGAAACCUUACCAGUGUAAAAUUUGUUUUAAGUCGUUUUCUCGAACAGAUAGUUUGAAAACCCAUUUGAGUGUGCACACUGGGGAAAAACGUUAUAAGUGUGAAAUUUGUUUUAAGCAGUUUAUUUUUGCAACUUCUUUGAACAGACAUUUGAAUCUGCACGCUGGGGAAAAACCUCACAAGUGCGAGAUUUGUUUUAAGCAAUUUAGUGAAGCAGGUGGUUUGAAAAGUCAUUUAAAAAUUCACACUGGAGAAAAACCUUACAAGUGUGACAUUUGUUUUAGGCGAUUUAGUGAUGCAGGUAGUUUGAAAAGACAUUUGAGAGUACACACUGGAGAACGACCUCACAGGUGUGAAAUUUGUUUUAAGCAAUUUAGUCAUAAAUCUUCCUUGACAACACAUUCUCGAGUGCACACUGGGGAAAAACCUUACAAGUGUGAGAUUUGUUUUAAGCAAGUUUCUCAAUUGAGCAGUCAUUUAAGAACGCACACUAGAGAAAAACCGUACAAGUGUGAGAUUUGUCUUAGGAAAUUUAGUUUAGCCAGUAGUUUGAAAAGACAUUUAAGACAGCACACUGGCGAAAAACCUCACAUGUGUGAAAUUUGUUUUAAGCAAUUUAAUCUUAAAACUUCCUUGAAAACUCAUUUGCAAGUGCACACUGGGGAAAAACCUUUUAAGUGCGAUAUUUGUUUUAAGCAAUUUACCGCAGCAAGUUAUUUAAAAACUCAUUUAAAAAUUCACACUGAAGAAAAGCCUUACAAGUGUGAGAUUUGUUUUAAGCAGUUUAUUAAAAAAAAUGAUUUGAAAAAACAUUUGAGAGUGCACACUGGAGAGAAACCAUACAAGUGUGAAACUUGUUUUAAGCAGUUUAUUCAUGCAAGUUCUUUGAAAAGACAUUUGAAUGUGCACGCUGGGGCAAACAUGUGAAAUUUGUUUUACGUAGUUUUCUCACAAAUAUAUAACAGCACUACAGAUCUUAGAGACCCUUGGCUUCGAUAGUCUUGACUAAUUUCUUCCACUUUUUGCGGUCCUGUACUUGUCCUCUCCAGUCUCUUGUACCCACUUCUUCUAGGUCAGUCCGGACGGCAUCAGACCACUUCCUUCGUGGUCUUCCUCUUCUUUUCUUCCCUUGUUCUCCUGCUGAUAAAACUCUUAGGACGUUUCUUUCUUGUGGCAUUCGUAAAACAUGACCCAACCAUUUAACUCUCUGUGCCUUCAUUUUCUGAGUUAUUUUAGGUUUCUUAUACAUAUCCAUUAGCUCCUGGUUUGUUCUUCUGCGCCAUUCCCCGUUAGCCUCCUUUAUACCACCAAAAAUUUUUCUCAAUAUUUUUCUCUCCCAAAUUUUUAGCUUUUUUCUACUUUCUGGUUCAUUGUUGCUACAUGUUCUGUCAUUUCACAUGCAUACAACAGUGUUGGUCUCACUAUUGUUUCAUAACGAUCGGAUCUUGGCUGCCCUGGACACGUCUUUUGCCUUCAACAGUGCGUUUAAUGAGCCUACUGCUUUGCUACCUUUUAACAACCGUUUAUCUAUCUCUCUCUUCAUCUCCUCUAUUUGUAACUGUUACUCCAAGGUACUCAAAUUCAGUUACCUGCUCAGAUUUAUAAUCUUUGUCAUUUGUCCUUAGAGUAAUCCACUUAUUUUCUUCAGCUUUGUCUCCUCUCCUUUCCAUAUGCUUGGUUUUUCCUUGGUUUAUAAUCAGGCCAUAUUUUUUGCUUCUUCUUUAAAUUGCUUGAACAUUUUUUGAAGUUCUAUUCUUGAACGUGUCAGAAACACCAAGUCAUCUGCAAAACCUAUACACUGUUGUCUUCUGUUAAGAAUCGUGCCGCUUGUCUGGAUAUUGGCUCCUCUAAUUAUCUUUUCUAGUACUAAAUUCAAUAAGUCUAUUGACAGGGGGUCCCCUUGUUUUAAUCCUCUGUUGACGUUAAACUGAUUUGAAAAGCUGCCUUCUAUCAUGACUUUAUUGACUGUGUUGGUUAACGUCAUUUUAACUAAUCGUAUCAGUUUCUCUGAUAUUCCUAGUGCUCUCAUUGAUUCGUAUAGCCCGUUUCGUGAGAUGGAGUCGUAAUCCUGUUUAAAAUCGAUAAAGAGCAUAUGCAAGCCUAGGUUUUGUUCAUAACUAUUGUUUUGUAAUAACUUUAGCAAAAAAUAUUGAUCGGUUGUUCCUCUUCCCUUUCUGAAACCAGCCUGGUAUUCUCCUACUAUCUCUGAUUCAUAAGCUUUCAAUCUAGUUCUUACAAUUUUUGCUAAUACCUUAUACACCACUUCUAACAGUGCGAUUCCUCUGUAAUUUUCACGGCAUUUUUUCGUUAUCCCAUAUUUUCUUUAUAAGCCCGGCUAUUUUCUGCUGCAGUAUAUUUCCUCUUACCUUUAAUAUCUCUGCUGGCACUCCGCUUUCUCCGGCACUUUUAUUAUUUUUUAGGUCUUUUAUUACUGUUAUUAUCUCCCUUUCUGUCGGUGCUUGUGUUUGUUGUGGUUCCGCUUCUUGUAUUUGUUGUUGUUCGAUUUCUUGCCCUCGCUGUUGCAUUUCUGUUUCUGUUUGGGCUUUAUCGUUUAAUAAUUCUCCGAAGUAUUCUGCCCAUCUAUUCAAUUGUUCUGUCUUGUCUCCCAGCAACAUACCAUCUUUAUUUCUACAAAACAUUGUGCAUUUAUUUAGAGUCCCUCGUGUUUUUUACUCCUUGAUAAAAAUUUUUAACUUCUUUUUGGACAUAGUUUUCUUUUAUUAUUCUUCUAUUAUUUCUAGUUGCUUUUCCAGUGAUUUUCUCUUCUUUUACCUACAUAAUCGCUUAGCUUCUCUUCUUUUGUCUUUAUAAUACUCUUUACUUUUUUCUGUGUUGUUUCUAAUAUUUUCCAUUUUUGCGUUGUUUCUCUGUUCUAGAAUUCUUUUGCAGUCCUCAUCAAACCAUUAUUCUCUCUUUUCUUUUUCUGCUUUCGCAAUGCUAAGGUCUCUCCAUUCCUCUUCUAUGUUCCCGGUCGUGAUUCUUUCCAAUUUCUUGUUUAUCUCUUUAGUGAAGCCAGUAGUUUUAAAGGACAUUUAAGACAGCACACUGGCGAAAAACCUAACAUGUGUGAAAUUUGUUUUAAGCAAUUUAAUCUUAAAACUUCCUUGAAAACUCAUUUGCAAGUGCACACUGGGAAAAAACCUUACAAGUGUGAAAUUUGUUUUAAGCAAUUUACUGCAGCAAGUUAUUUGAAAAGUCAUUUAAGAAUUCACACUGGAGAAAAGCCUUACAAGUGUGAGAUUUGUUUUAAGCAGUUUAUUCAUGCAAGUUCUUUAAAAAGACAUUUGAAUGUGCACGCCGCGGAAAACUUGUGAAAUUUGUUUUAAGCAGUUUUCUCACAAAUGUUUUUUGAAAAUAUGUUAUGAGUACCUACAUUUAUUUAUUUAUUAAGCUUAAGGGCACCCGAAGUCCCAUUUAACGACAAUGUUAACAUUUUGUCACAUAGCACUGUAACCAAAGCACUUAUAGACGUAAUUUUUUGUUUAUUUUGAAACUAGAUGCAUUGUUUAGUGCCGCGUUGAUUUAUGUAAAGUUUGAGUGAAAGAAACAUUUAUUUUAAAUUUUUUUUAAAAUACUUUUCCAAAAAACCCAAAACAGUUUAGAUUUUAUUUUUUAUUUUACUUGUUUUUGUACAUUUUUCAAUACAUCUUCACGCGGCACUUAAUAUGAUCUAUCUACAACUACCGUAAAAAUUUGGACCUUCUAUCAUCUAAAGAUCCAGAGAUAUUUGACAUCAAAAGUUAAAAACCUAGUAUUCGGGAAAUCACAAAAACAUAAAACACUCUAAUAGGCUAUAAAGCUAUAGGUACACGGUAAGUUGAGUGCAGAUGUUUGAAAAACAAAUAAUUUUGUAACCAUGGAUAUUUUUUACUAUAAUGUGUUAUAAAUUGUUGGGAAGAGAAGAUUUCAGAGAAUAAUUUUUAAUCAUAACACAAAAAAACUUAAAAAAUUCAAUUUUUGGUCUUUGGCUGCCCUUAACAGGCCUUGUAGGCAUAGGAUUAAAAUGUGUACAUUUCUAAUUACAUUUUAUUUUAAUCUUAAAA